AUGCUUUGCAAAACACGGUUUUUUUUCACUCAAAAUUCAUUGGUGUUAAAUACCUUACAUAGAUCAAAAGUAUCUAGACUUUCUAUUGCUCCUAUAUUGAAGUCAAGAAGCUUUACUUUCAGCAGGUUUUUGAAUAAUAUUCGCUCAAGUACCCGUUCUUAUACUACUGUGGGUACUACCGGUGCAGCUUCUACGUUUCCGAAGGCUUCAAUUUCCGAUGCUUUAAAGGCUUCAGUAAAACAAAAUCCUAAAGUUGAUCCAGUGAUUUCAGAUAAGUCCGUGGGUUAUUGGCUUAUAGGGACUUCUGGGUUAGUUUUCAGUAUUGUUGUUGUGGGAGGACUUACCAGGUUAACUGAAUCGGGUCUUUCCAUUACGGAAUGGAAACCAGUCACUGGGACUAUCCCUCCUUUAAAUGAAGUUGAAUGGGAAGAAGAGUUUAAUAAGUAUAAAGAGUCUCCUGAGUUCAAGCAACUUAACUCUCAUAUUACCUUAGACGAAUUCAAGUUCAUUUUCAGUAUGGAAUGGGGCCAUCGUUUACUUGGAAGAACCAUUGGUAUGUUAUUUAUUUUACCAGCAUUGUAUUUCUGGAAAACUCGUAAAUUCAGCUCUCAUGUCAAAUGGAAAGUGGUUGGAUUAACUGCUUUACUUGGUUUACAAGGUGCUAUUGGUUGGUGGAUGGUGAAAUCAGGCUUGGAUGAAGAAGGUUUGGCUGAAAGAAAUUCAAAACCAACCGUUUCUCAAUAUAGAUUGACUACUCAUUUAGGUGCUGCAUUCUUACUUUACUUGGGAGUCUUAUGGACUGCUUUUGAAAUUUUAAAUGAAAAUAAGUGGUUAAAACAAAUUAAAACAUCUUCUGACUCCUCCGUCAUUAAUAAUUUGAAUACUGUUUUUGAAAAACUAAAUAGUCCAGCAUUGAAAAGAGUUAAACUCUAUGCCGGUGCAUUACUCGCCCUUACUUUCAUCACGGCAAUGAGUGGUGGUAUGGUUGCUGGUUUAGAUGCUGGUCUAAUCUACAAUACUUUCCCUCUUAUGGGCGAGGACUACAUUCCUAGUAAAAAUGAAUUGUUUUCUCCUAUAUUUAGUAGAAAAGAUGAUCAUUCUGAUUUAUGGUGGAGAAACUUAUUAGAGAAUCCAACAACCGUUCAACUUAUUCAUCGUAUUCUUGCCACUACUACUUUCACUGCAUUAACAGUCUUCCAUCUCUAUGCUAAUAGACGUAAAGCAAUCAUUCCUCGUCAUGCCGCUAAAAUGUUUCACGCCGUUAUGGGAUUCCUUACUUUACAAGUCACUUUGGGUAUAUCAACCUUAAUUUACUUAGUUCCUAUUCCCUUGGCUGCUGCUCAUCAAGCUGGUGCUUUGGCUUUAUUAACCACUGUUUUGGCUUAUUGUUCCCGUUUGAAAAAACCUAGACCAGAAACUAUGCAUUACAUUAAUAAAUUGAUGAAAGAUCAACUUAUGAAACAAAAAUGA